UUGUUUGAAUACUUAAAAAUAUUCAUACAGUUAAUUAUGCUCCACAGUAUUUCUUCCUUUUUAUGUUUAUACUUAUUUCAAUCCGCAAUAGCACAAUGUUUACACUUCCUAUGUCAAUCAGCUACUUCUGUCAUGAACGGCCAUCCGUAAUCGUAGUAGAGAACAGUAUAGAAGAUAAAAUUAUUUAGAGGAUUAUGGUUCCUUCAUAACUUUGUCAUGUUACCCUUGUAAACUAGCCUUUUACUUCAAGUCUUUCCUGUAGUUUUAGCCUACGCUAAAACAAGUUUACUUUCUAGUUGUCAAAUUACUCACGGUCAUAUUUAAAUUUACCAUUGCACGUGGUACUGCAGUUGUUCUGAUUUGUGAUCCAUUAUGCGUCGUCGGUGUCAAUAGAAUUGAAUAUACUACAUGUGACAAGUGUUAAAAGAAAAUAUAGUGCGGGAAUUUAUUAACGCUUUUAAUUAAUAUACAACAAAAUGAAGAACAAACCAACACGUCACAAAGAAACAAAUUCUUUUAAGUUUAAACCAUUUUCUGAAAGAAUAGCUGAUAUUGAUGUAGACGUCUUUCACCGCGUAGCUCAUCGCAAUGAAAUUAACGAUGAUGAGAAAGAAACGCAUUUUUAUCAAGCUCUUCAAAAGUGGAAUGUUCUUAACCUCACUGAGAGGUACAGCUAUUUUAAAAAAGAAGUUAAAGAUAUUGUCACACUACCUCAGCUAUUGAAUAGUAAGCAGCAUGUCAUUGACACGCUUAUAAAAUACUUGCGAAUGAAGGAUGUGCUAUUUCUUCAGCCAAUUUUGGAGCUAGUGGUAGCCUUAGCAAGGGAUCUUCAAAAGGAUUUUUAUGAAUAUUUCCCAGAAUUCUUGGCUGUUAUAAUUGAUUUACUACAGACCAAAGAUACAGAACAGCUGGAGUAUACUUUUACAGCAUUGGCAUAUUUGUUUAAAUUUUUAUGGCGAUAUUUGAUUAAAAAUGUGGGAACUGUCUUUGAUCUCCUGUUGCCGUUACUGGCAGAUUCACAACCAGAAUAUAUGAAUAACUUUGCUGCUGAAAGUUUUGCCUUUGUUGUGAGAAAAGUCAAAGAUAAAGAUGAAUUUUUGAGAUUGGUCUUAACAGUUCUUGAGGAACAGCAGGCCAAUAUACCAGGAUGUAGCAAAUUACUGUUUGAAGUUGUGUCAGGGACACCUGGACAGUUUCAUUCUUGUGCUGAGCAUAUGUUAAUGCUUUAUUUUGGAACAUUACAAGACACUGCGGUCAAUAAAACAGUACUGUACAAUAUUUUGGAGCAAAUCCUAAAUUGUAUAUUAAAUGCGAUACAUCCUCAAAAAAGUGAAAUACUUUGGACCGUGCUUUUGCGAAUUAUUGAUCAGAUUAUAGAGAAACAAUCAACUACGGAGGAACUAAUACAAAGAGACACAAACUUGUGUCUCAUAUUAAAAUUUUUACACCAAAUUAUCGAACAUAAAGGUGGAAAGAUGUUGGUGAACCCAGUUCCUGUAAUAAAGAAAAUUGUACAGAUGAUCGAUUUUGCCAGAGAGAAUAAGGAAAUUCUUGAAGAACUAAGUAAUAUAUCUGCUGCAAUUCUGUUAGCAUCGAACAUUAAGCUUAUGCAAGAAAAUUCGAGUCAUCUUGCCCUCAAGAUAUUAUCUAUCAAGGACAUUAAUAUCUUAUACAAAGUGGUUGAGCAACUUAUAUCCUAUUCUUCUUUUGAAACUUUAGUACUGCCAUAUAUAUUGCAGCACAAUAUUCACACAGGAUUUAAUGGUCAAAUACUUCGGUUAUUAGCCAAGAUAAUUAUUGAAAAAGCUGCACCAUCCCUCAGUGGAGGUAAUUUGGAGAAGUGGAAAAGGUAUCCAUUGGAUAUUCGUGCAGCUCCUAUGGAAACGGCAAACUACAUUCAGAACAACGUAGAAUUAUUACAAGAAAUUAAUAUCUCAGAUAAUGCCUUAAGAACUCUGAUAAUUUUACCUCAUUUGAAUCCACUUCCAAAAGAAAUCGAUAAGACAUUAUCAAAAGGCAUCAUUUCUAUAAAUCAAAAAUUAUUUGAUUUUGAUGAUAAUUCGGCAUCAGAGGAAUUUGGAAAACUGAGCUUCGCCUUUCUACUGGCAGUGGAAACUGCUAUUCAUAUUUUAGAACCAAAUGCAUUUUAUGAUUUCAUCAUAAAGUCUGAUGUAAAACUGACUGAACUGUGUCAUAGGUAUAAAAGCAGUAGUAAUAUUUUAAAUAGCCUAGACUUAAUCUUAUCGCAUAUUCAUAAAUCACAGUAUCGAGACAACAUCAUCAACAAGUCAAUGUUUAUUGAUUUGAACAAAAAUCUUGCACCUUCAUUAGGAUCUCCGAUUCGCAAAGUUCGACUUACUGUGUCACAUCUGUAUUCAUUGUUUCAUGAUGUUGAUGGUCUUAUGAUUUCCACAGAAAUUACUGCAAAGAAUGCAUUACAACUUCCAUAUUUAGCUGAAAGUGAACUUGCCACUGUACACACCUAUCGAGAUAGACUAUUACACGUGCAAGCUCUUGCAUUUCAAAGUCAUGCAGUAAGCAAUUUAAAUCCAAGCUUUUAUGAAUUUCCCUUGUACUACUUGUUAGGAAACUUAUACAUCAAUUUCUCACUGCUCUGGGAUCCUGUCAGUAAAAUAAUUGCAACAUACGCUAACAAGGAGUGUGCUCAGUUUUGGCCAAUUUUCCUUGCCGAAUUAAAUUCUGUAAAUGCAACGCAAAUUAUUCAGUAUCAGAAUACAUAUGAUUGCGACGUUGUCACAGCAGUUGCAGCUGAAAUGAAUUAUAAUGAUGACAAAACCGAUGUUGAAAAUUAUAAACUUCUUUUAUGGAAAUGUAUGACGGGUUUCGUUGAAUUCUGCGAGACAAAAAACAGGGACUUGACUGGAUUAUUCAUCGAUUUUGUGGAUACGAAUUUCUUCAAAAUUAACUCAGAAGAUUCCAAGUCCUGCAAUAUAGCGAAACAUAAAGAAACAAUUGUUGUGGACAAUCAGCAGGAAGAACAUAGCGAUGAUGAUGAAAAAGAGGAGACUGUCAAUAAAUCGGAUUUUAAACCUCCCAAAUUUGAGAAUAGUCGAAAUUUUAAACUAAAAUAUCUCUUAGCACAGAUGGAGAUUUUUUCUAAAAUAUCUAAUCCGAAGACGUUGUACCGUGAAGCAGAAGUAUACAAGAUUUACUUGGAUCUACUGUCCUCAAAAAAUCCUCAAGUUCAAAAAGCUGCGCUUAAUUGUUUAAUGACGUACAAGCACAAGUAUCUUCAGCCAUACAAGGAGCACUUGUACAAUUUAGUCGACGAGAAGAAUUUAAAGAACGAGCUUGCUCGCUUUAAAAUCGACAAAGAAAGCAAUAUGAUUCAAGAAGAUCAUCGGGCAGGUCUUGUGCCAAUAUUGAUGCGAAUAAUUUAUGCCAAAAUGGUCAUGAAGACCGGAUUACGAACAGGUGGUAAAGGCGGAGGUCUCGCAAGGAGAACAAUAAUUCUUCGCUUCCUGGCUGGGAGUCAAGAAGAGGAAAUGAUGAUAUUCACUAAGAUGGCAUUCAAACUCUUCCAAAAAUACGUACCACUGGCAUUGGAGGAUGAAUUGAAUCCGGAAGAUUUAGUACAGAAUACAAUAAGUACAAUAGACUUGACUAGCGUGAUUCCGCCUAAACGCUUACAGAGUUCUGUGAAUCUUCUUGCUAUUGUGAUUGAGCAAUUUGGAGGUAAAAUGGCGAGUAAACUGCUACCUCGUCUACUAGGAAUUGUUUUCUGUAUUUUGGCACAAGUAACAGGAAUUUUAAGAAUGUCCGAUAACGUUCAUCAAGGAUACUUAUCGUCCAUCAGAAACGUACGCACUAGCAGCAUUGGUAUAUUAGCAAGAUUUUUUGCACACUUUGAAAAUUACGAAUGGACUUCUUCUGAAAUCGAUGCUCUGUUCAAUGUCGCGGUAUUUCCUUGGCUGGAGAAAUUACCUAUUGAGGGUAUUCAUAGUCCUACAGCUCUAUUAAAAUUAUUUGUAUCCUGGAGUCAGAAUUCGCGAUAUUAUCCUCUCUUAGUGAAGCAUCGUCAAGAUGAUCCGACAAUGACGCCAUUGCCAUACGUAAUGCGCCUUCUUCUGGGAGCCAAGACACAUCCAUCAGUGAUUAAGACUAUAGUCGAAAUGAUAGAGAAAAUGUUGACGCUAGAAGAUUAUGGAAAAGUCAGUGAUGAUCCUAAUCGGAUGGAAGUGGAUGUAAAAGCAUCUUCAUUGACUGGUAUAGUUAAAAACACAAUAAAUAUAGACCUACAAACUUUACCUCAAGGUAUAAAUUACGGAUCCGCUAUUCUGUUGCCACAUGUAUCUGACAUCCUUGAAUACAUCAAGAGAAAAUUGAAGAAAUCUAACAAAGGUGUUAAUAAAGCUGAAUUAAUGAUACUGUCGCGAGUAUCUGAGUUAGUAUCGGAUCCAGAAACUUGUGAUACAUUGCUUACUUUGGUCGUACCUAUUCUGAUAAAGAAAGCCACUCUAGGUGUAACGGAGGAAGUAAUAUUAGAACUCGUAACAACAGUUAUUAAUUUGACAAAGAAUGUAAAAAAGCCAGAAAUUCAUAUUAGAUCGAUAACACCAUUACUGAGUGUAAUCUCAGCUGCACCAGCUAGAAAGCUUUUAAUUCAACUAUUUGAAACUAUAUCAACGGCAUCAGCAGAGGAGUACCGGGAGAUUAUGAUACGAAAUUCCCAAUUGCUCGCUACUCUUAAUGCCUGGGAUCACAGGUGGAUUGAUCAACCAGAUUUUCAAAAAAGAUUGGAUGCUUUCAGUGAGAUAAAUGUGUUACUCAAGACAAAUUCAAUUAGACUGGAGUUUGGGGUUGCUAUUAUUUACAAUUGCUUUUUCUUCCUGAAGCAUGAAAAUGACUUAGCAUUACGCGAUGCAUCUGGUCAGUGUCUAAAAACAAUUGGCCCCGUGUUAGCCAAGGCGCACAAAGAUAAUAAUGUUGACAGAAAGUAUUUGAUAGACGAUACAAUACUGACUAUUGUCAGAAACGGUAUAAGAAGUAAAAAUGAAGUAGUACGAUUACAGUCCAUAGCCUUUUUAGGCCAGAUGGCUAUGGAAUGCCCUGACGUUCAUGCUGUCUUGAGGGACUUAUCACCUCUAACUAAUAAAGCUGAUCCUGAAGUGGAUUUCUUUGAGAACUUGCAACAUCUACAACUUCACAGAAAAGCUCGAGCAUUACUGAAGUUCUGCUCCGUAGCAAAAACUUUGAAGAAAUCACCAAAUCCUAAGACACUAACUCAAUUUAUUCUUCCUGUGGCGUCAUCGUAUUUAUGCAAUGAAUCCUUUGCGAAUAAAAACAGCAUUGUAGAUGCUGCUAUAGAAACUGUAGGUACCGUGUGCAGACUUUUACCAUGGCAUCAGUACGAAGUAGUAUUGAAAUUCUAUUUGGAUAAAUUAAGAUCAUCUGUAGAAUUUCAAAGACAAGUUGUUAGGAUUAUUGUUGCCAUUUUGGAUGCUUUUCAUUAUGAUCUCGCAAAAUACAAACCUUUAGACGAACCAAAGCAUACAGAGAAAAGUAUUGAAAGUGCCGAAAGCAAAACUGAACCCCAGGAUUUUAAAGAAGAAAUUUUAACUGAAGAAAAUAAUGAAGAAGAUAAUCAGGAGGAUGAAGCAAAAUUGGACGAAGCUUUGGAUAAAGAAAUAGUGCAUCAUGAUGAAGUAGAAGAGAAAGAUAAUGAGGAGGUCCAGCCAGAUAUACUCAUUAUGCAAAAGCAGAUAUUACUUUCUCAAUCAGCUGCAAGAAGAGUAGUUUUUGGUAUAUCAAAAGUAUUACUGCCACAACUGCAUCGUUCUAUCAUGGCACGGACUCAACAUGAAUCAAGUCACAAGGUGAAUAGGAGGAAAACUGGAGCUGAUAGAGAAGAAGAAGAACUUAUGAGAGUUCCUAUUGCUUUGGCUGUUGUCAAGUUAUUACAAAAACUACCUGAGGGAAUGUUGGAUAAUAACUUACCUGGCAUUUUGAUGAAGCUCUGCACUUUUCUUAAAUCUCGUUUGGAUUCCAUCCGACGCGUGACAAGAGAAACUCUCCAGAAGAUUAUGAUUACCUUGGGACCUAAUUAUCUGCAUCAUUUAUUAAGAGAAAUGAAUAGUUUAUUAACAAAAGGAUUUCAAAUUCAUGUACUAGUUUAUACUAUACAUGCUGUUCUAAUUUCUUUGAAACCCUUUUUCGAACCACUUCAUAUAAACAAAAAUUUACAAAGUAUAUUAUCGGUAUGCAAAGUCGACCUGUUUGGUUUGACAGCAGAAGAGAAAGAAAUCGCUGGUAUCGUGAAGAAUGUUUCUGAAGCAAAGUCUACCAAAAGCUUUGAUAUUUUCAAUAUACUGGGAAAAUAUAUAACAGAAUCCUGUUUAGUGGAUUUGAUUGUGCCGCUAAGGGAUGUACUGGUUAAAACACAUUCCUUCAAAGUUGUACGCAAAAUUGUUGAAUGCUUGAGACAUAUAGUUUUGGGAUUAGCAGACAAUACCUUUAUACCCGUCGAUAAGAUGCUUAUAUUUCUAUAUGGAAUAGUUUCUGAAAGUAUACCACAUCUUUUACCUACGAAGAAGAAUAACCCAUUAUCUGAAAAAGAGGCUCAGCUACAAACUAAAAAGAAACCUGACUGUUUCAUUAUUCAAGCAGAACCGAAAAGUCGAAUGGGCAUUAAAGCAGCAGCAAAGAUAUCCAUUAAUACUAAUGCUCAUGUUAUGAUUGAGUUUGGUUUAAAACUCUUUCAUGUUCUUCUUAAAAGAGAUCGCAUAUCUAAUGCUGAAUUUAAGCCAUACAUAGAUCCAUUUGUGCCAGUCCUGAGUGACUGUCUGAAAUCUCAACACGUGAAGUUAAGUGCUUUGACUCUACAGUGUCUAAACUGGAUACUCAAGAUGGAGUUGCCAUCAAUGAAAUCUUCAGUCUCAGAUAUUUGUACUUCCAUGUUUGGUAUCCUACAUAAGUAUGCUGCAGCCGGUUUAAGUAAAGGAGAUAAUUUCGACCUUGUAAUGGCUUCUUUCAAGUGUAUGUCUGUUCUCGUACGAGAUGUUAAACAUUUCACAAUCAGCAAUGAUCAACUCAAAGCGCUCGUGUUAUACGCUGAGCAAGACUUACAUGACUGUGACAAACAAGCUACGGCAUUCACUUUAAUCAAAGCGAUAAUAAGUCGCAAGAUGGUGAUUUCGGAAAUGAACAAUGUUAUGGAAAAGGUUGCAAUGCUGAGCAUCACGUCUGAACUGGACCACGUCAGGCAACAAUCGCGUUCUGUAUUUUAUAUGUUCCUUAUGGAAUAUCCUCUGGGAAAAAAAAUUGAGAAACAUUUAUCUUUCUAUCUGUCUCAACUAAGUUAUGAGCUGCAGCCCGGUCGGCUUAGUGCGCUGGAAAUGAUACACAGUAUCAUAACUGGAUUUCCUCUUAAAGUUCUUAUUAGACAAUCAGGAUUAUUAUUUUUCAUGGUUGGUGCAAGAUUGGUCAAUGACGAUGAUCCUACUUGCCGAAAACUUUGUGCAAAGUGUAUUAAAGAAAUGAUCAUUAGAGUUCCUCACAAUCAAAGAACCGUAUUGUUCGAUAUUGUACUUCUAUGGUUAAAGGAUACCAAGAUUUCACACAGACAAUUGGCAGCCCAACUAUGUGGUAUUUUUGUUACUGCUGAGAAAAAUAAUUUCGAAACACGUCUUCCAACUUUACUGCCCAUGGUAUUGAAACAAUUUUAUCCUGAUGGUGUUGACGAAUCAAAACCUGGACGCUUUGUAAAAUUGCGUAAGGAGACGGAGCACGUUAAACAUUUAGACGGGAACAGUGGAGAUCCGGAAAGGAUUCACGAUCAUCAUUUGUUCCAAGUUUUGCAAUUGUUGCUAAAAAUAUCAGCGAAUUGUCCUGAUUUCUUGAAAAACAAGGAUUACGAAAGUACUGUGCGCGGUUUUGCUGAACACAGUCAGUCAUUACUAGCUCAUCCUCAUUUAUGGAUUCGACUAGCUGCUUGUCAAUUACUUGGCUUCAUUUUGGCUGCUCUUGACAUUGAUCUUGUCGCCGAACACCUUAAAAAGCCCGACCAAUGUGACCCUGAUAGUGGUUACAUUUAUUGUGAUCCCAUCAAUACUAUUAGGAGUUUAGUUCUUGAUUUAGCUGCCCAAUUACACCCAGAGAUGACAUUCGAGGAAUUGGCCGAUCAAGUCGUGAAAAAUCUUAUUUUUAUCGCCAGAGUGAUUAAGGAUGUUGGAUCUAAGACUGCAAAAGAUGAAGACGAAAACGAAAUCGAGAAAAAUAGUAGUAACGAUAUAUCGCUUCUGUGGCUUGUCAAGAGAAUGCGAAAAGUUAUUAACAUAGAAAUAACGCAAGCGCCCAAAUCGACAGGCAUGAGAACUGCAGUGUUCAAAUGGUCCGCUGGAGUAGUAGCUACGAUACCAAUUGAGUACCUGAAACCAGUGCUCUUUAACAUUAUGUCUCCGCUGGUACGAGAAAUGUCAACGAUUGAAGAAUCUAACGCGCCACUUCGACAAUUAGCCAAAGAAGUUGCGACAAUGAUUAAGAAAAGAUUAGGAAGUGAAGAUUAUACAAGAAUACUCAGUAAUGUUCAGAAAAAAUUGGACACCAGGAGAGCAGAAAAGAAGAAGACAAGGACGCAACAGUUCGUCACCGACCCGGAAUUGGCAGCAAAACGGAAAAUCGCGAGGCAGCAAAAGAAAAAGGAGGCUAAGAAGCGGAAAAUGGACAGUAUGAAAGGGCGGAAACCGCUAAAAAAGAAACCAAGAAAAGACGUCGACUUAGAUGUAUUAUAAACUAGACUGUACCACUAUGUAAAUAUACUUUGUACAUGUAUAAAUCAAAUAAAAUGGUUCGAUAAAUA